ACUCUCUCAUUCUCUCACCUAAACAACGCUGUUUCUUUUUCUGCCUCUCUUUUUCUCAUGCAUAGUACUGCCUUUACCAAAUCUACACGCCAUCACCUAUUCCACUUCCUAGAAAUUUCCUGCUUUUCUACCUUAUAUACCGACCCCCAGACCCUUUCUUACAUAUAGUAUCGUUUAAGAAUCAAUACAUAAUUAAUUCCUGUAUUCAGAGUUAGAGGAAAUGGAGAAUGGAAAUCAGUCGUCCUUCUGGCAAUUUAGUGAUGAUAUUCGGCUUGAAGGAAGCAAUUUGGCGAGUCUUUCUUUGAAUGACUCAAUUUGGAGCACCAACUAUUCUACGAAACGCCCCGCUGAGCAGAGGCGGAAUUUCGACGUAAGGGUUGGUCCUAGUGAGGUUAAUAACUCUUUCAAUUCAAUCAACCCAGUUGAUAAUUCCAAGUCUGAUUUCAAUAGUUUCAAUUUUGGGUUCAACAACGAUGGAUUGAAAGCUGGGUUGAAAGGUAAUAAUAGUUCUGGGUAUGGUCCUGUUGGUUUGAACAGUAAGAUCAAUUCUUUGAAUUCAAUUAACUCAUCCUUCAACAACCCAGUUGAUGAUUCCAAGUCAGGUUUCAAUGGCUUCAAUUUUGGGUUCAGCAACGAUGGAUGGAAGGCUGGGUUAAAUAGUAAUAAUACUAAUUCUGGGAACGGAUCCGUCGGGUUGAACGGUGGAUUCAACAAAGGAGUCUACUCUACCACUUCUCUGAAUUUUAACAGUUACAGUAAGGGUAAGAAUCUUAACAAUGUUCUGGCGAACGGGAGGGUAGAGAAAAGUAGUAAAAAUGAAGAUGGACAUGGGUAUGGAGGGAAUAAAAGUGGAAAGAAGAAUAAGAAUAAUAAGGAGAGCACUAAUAACAGUAAUGGUGAAAACAAGAGUGCUUCUGAUAAGAGGUUCAAGACUUUGCCGCCCUCAGAAUCUCUCCCUAGAAAUGAAACAGUUGGCGGGUAUAUCUUCGUGUGCAACAACGAUACGAUGCAAGAGAAUCUCAAGAGACAGCUCUUUGGCUUGCCUCCCCGUUAUCGAGAUUCAGUCCGAGCAAUUACUCCGGGAUUACCUCUCUUUCUCUACAACUAUUCGACUCACCAACUUCAUGGAGUUUUCGAGGCUGCGAGUUUUGGUGGCACGAAUAUCGACCCAACAGCUUGGGAAGACAAGAAAUACUCUGGUGAAUCACGCUUCCCUGCUCAGGUGCGUGUGAUUACAAGAAAAGUCUGCGAGCCUUUGGAAGAAGACUCUUUUAGGCCAAUUCUUCACCACUAUGAUGGUCCUAAGUUUCGUCUCGAAUUAAAUGUCCCCGAGGCGAUCUCGCUUUUGGAUAUUUUUGUAGAAGACAAACCUUCGAGCGUUUGAGGAACGAGAGCUCGGUAGUCUGUAUACACUCAUUAUACAACACAAUGAAGGAACUAUGAGGAAAGAAUGAAUAUACAGUUGUAAGUUUGAAGCACAAUGGAGUUAUACAAGUAAAGAAUAGGCAAUUAUCAUCUGUAAAUAUGAACUAUGGAAUGUAAUAAGACUUCUAUGAAGAGUUUAAUACUUCCUUUUUUGUAAUAAAUAUAGCAAGCUCAAAGAUUAUUAUUUAUAAAUAAUCAAAAGCUGAUUUUAGCUUAUUGGGUUGGCAUGUUGCAAAUUUGAGGUAGCAUGAGAAUUUUCCAUCAUAUUGUUUUGUCCUUCGUCCCCCUUGAAAGUCAAAAAUCUUGGGUGUCCAUAUUUACCUCAGUCGUGCUACAUAAACAUCAAUGUUCACGUAA